GAGGGGCAGAGUCUGCGUCGGACCAAUCCGUCUGGACUCGUGCUAAAAGCUCCUCCGAACUCGGCGCUGAAACAAGCUUAAAUAAACAGAAUUUAGGAAGAAAAUGCAACGCGAGCGACCAGUAAACAAAUUUAGCUAAAGUGAAGCGGCGCCUCUGUUCCAGCGUUACCUGGUGUUGGUUUCAUCUGACGUACCAGAAAACACCACAAUGCAAAGCGAAAAACCGGAGUCGAGUGAUCCCAAGGACACCAGCACCGCCGAGUGUCCGAGCUCUGGCGACGCGGAGAAGAAAGCUGUGGCCGCAGUUGACACGCAGCAGCAGGUUUCUAAACCUAAGGGCAUCAGUGCUGUCGCGGUGCUGUGGACGUUUGGGAAAUGUCUGGGCGCCCUGCUGCCCGUCUACCUGGCCGGUUAUUACCGGGUCAGCACGAGCCUGCUGGUGUGCGGGAUGAUGGUCUACACGGGAUGGAAACACGCCCGAGAAGCCAAGGAGGCGCGACUCAAGUCAGCCUUCCAGCUCCUGGACAACGAGCAGGAGUACACCUCCUCGAAGGUAUCCAAAAUCAAGCGAGACCUUCCUGCGUGGGUCAACUUUCCAGAUGUUGAGAAGGUCGAGUGGCUGAAUAAGGUGCUGCACCAGGUGUGGCCCUUUGUUGGCCAAUACCUCGAGAAGUUGCUGGUGGAAACCAUCGCUCCGUCUAUCCGAGGCUCAAGCGCCCACCUCCAGACUCUCAGCUUCACAAAAGUGGACAUGGGUACCAAGCCUAUGAAGGUUGUAGGGAUCAAGGCACACACAGAGAAUGACAAGGGACAGGUCCUGCUCGAUCUGUACAUCAGCUAUGUUGGAAAUGUCGAGAUCAAUGUGGAGGUGAAGAGAUACUUCUGCAAAGCUGGAGUCAAAGGAAUACAGCUACACGGGAUGAUGAGGGUGAUUCUGGAGCCCCUGAUUGGUGAUGUGCCCAUAGUGGGUGCAGUCACCAUGUUUUUCAUCCAGAGGCCUAAACUAGACAUCAACUGGACUGGACUGACUAAUUUGUUGGACAUCCCUGGGCUGAACGUCAUGUCCGACAGUAUGAUUAUGGACGCCAUUGCCUCCUUCUUGGUUUUGCCUAACCGCCUGGUCAUCCCCCUGGUUCCUGGCCUGCAUGUGGCCCAUCUCCGCAGUCCUUUGCCAAGGGGUGUAGUACGCAUCCACCUGCUGGAGGCACAGAAUCUUGUUGCAAAGGACAGCUAUGUGAAAGGGGUCAUGGCUGGCUUGUCUGACCCCUAUGUCAUUCUGAGGGUCGGCCCUCAGAGCUUUACCUCCAAACACGUUGAUAACACAGACUCUCCCAAGUGGGGGGAGAUAUAUGAGGUUAUAGUCCAUGAAGUGCCUGGUCAAGAGUUGGAGGUGGAGGUAUAUGACAAAGACCCAGACCAGGAUGAUUUCCUGGGCAGAACCAAGCUGGAUUUGGGCAUUGUGAGGAAAUCCAUAGUUGUGGACGAUUGGUUCAACUUGAAGGAGACUCAGUCAGGACAGGUUCAUUUCCGACUGGAGUGGUUGUCCUUGCUGCCAAGCAGUGACCGACUGGAGCAGGUCUUGAAGAGGAACGAGAGUGUGAAAAGUAAGACUUCGGAUCCAGCCUCGUCUGCCAUCUUGGUUGUAUAUCUGGACAAGGCUGAGGCACUUCCUAUGAAGAAAAAUAAAGAGCCCAAUCCAAUGGUGCAGUUAUCUGUGGAGGAUGUCACUAGAGAGAGCAAGACUUGUUACACAACAGUUAAUCCUGAGUGGGAGGAAGCUUUUACCUUCUUCAUUCACGAUCCACUCAAACAGGACAUAGAUAUCCAGGUGAAGGACGCUGACCGCGUGCAGAGCUUGGGCAGCCUGACUAUCCCCCUGUCCCGUUUGCUGUCCACGUCCAAUCUUUCUCUGGACCAGUGGUUCCAGUUGGACAAUGCUGGAGAUGCCAGUCGCAUCUACGUCAAUGCUGUUCUCAGGGUUCUGUGGUUAGAUGAGGAACGCAUUCCGGCUGACGUGUCAUCUCACUUGUCAGCGUCCAAACAGCUGCCCCAGCAGACCUCGCCUCAUCCUAGCUUUGCCACGGAGGGACUGCUCAGAAUUCACCUGUUGGGAGGCCAGAAUCUUGUUCCAAAGGAUAACCUGAUGGGAGGAAUGGUGAAAGGCAAGAGUGACCCUUAUGUCAAGCUCAACAUUGGGGGCGAAACAUUCACAAGCAAUGUCAUCAAGAGCAAUCUGAACCCCACAUGGAAUGAGAUGUAUGAGGUGAUUCUAACCCAACUGCCGGGCCAGGAUCUGUUUGUAGAGGUGUUUGACAGAGACAUGGAUGUGAAGGAUGACUUCAUGGGACGGCUGAAGAUUAGUCUGAAAGACAUCAUCGAGUCUCAGUACACUGAUCAGUGGUAUUCACUGAAUGAUGUAAAGUCUGGUCGAAUUCACCUGAUUCUGGAAUGGGUUCCAACAGCCUCAGAUCCAGACAGAUUGGACCAGGUUCUUCAGUUUUAUUCCAGACAGUCCUACCAGAACAAAGUGGUUCCCUCAGCAGGCUUAUUGUUUGUGUACAUCGAGCAAGCAGACGGAUUACCAGUGAAGAAGAGUGGAAAAGAUCCAAAAGUGGGAGCAGAGAUCACUCUCGGACAAAUGUCUCGCAAAACUACAGUGUGUGACCGCACCACAUCACCUCGGUGGAAUGAGGCUUUCUGCUACCCGGUUCAAGACCCCAGAGAAGAUAUUCUUGUCAUUAAGUUCUCCCACAGCUGGUCCCUGCCCAUUGGUUCCCUGGUGGUUCCGAUCAGAGAGCUGCUGUCUGAACCAGAGAUGGUCCUGGACCAGUGGUUCAGUCUGGAUGGAGCCUCACCAGAGAGUCAGGUUCUUUUGAGAGCUGAUCUUAAGAUGCUGAUUCCAAGCAAAUGUCCUGGUGCCAAGGUAACGUCAGUAUCAGAACCGUCCCCUGCUCAGCGAAAACCAGAGACAGACACCAUACUGAGGUCAAGUUCAGUAGACGCUGCUCCUGUGGAGACCAUUGUCUCUGCGGUGACUUCACAUGAAGACGUUGACGUGAAAGAACCCGAUGCGACUGAAGAGAAGGUGGAAGAUUCACUAAAAGCACUACGACAACCUCUUCAUACUUCUCCACACCUAAGCUUUGCCUCAGAGGGGGUGCUGAGAAUCAUCCUGAUGGAGGCUCAGAGCCUGGUUGCCAAAGAUAAUAAGAUGGGUGGUAUGGUGAAGGGCAAGAGUGACCCCUAUGCAAAGAUCAGUGUUGGAGACUUCAUGUUUAAGAGUAAGGUGAUCGAUGAGAAUCUCAACCCAGUCUGGAAUGAAAUGUAUGAGGCAGUGCUAAGGCCUGUGCCAGGACUGGAGGUGCAAGUAGAAGUAUAUGAUAAAGACAUGGACGCAGAUGAUUUCCUUGGCAGGUUGAAAGUCAGUGUCGCAGACAUCAUCUCUUCUCAGCUCACUGACCAGUGGUACACGCUGAAUGAUGUCAAGUCUGGACGUGUUCGUCUGAUCAUGGAGUGGGUGCCAACAGUGUCCUGUGAUGACGAGGACACCUUGUGGAACGCAAUGCAGCUACAGUCUCGUCGGUCUUACAAGAACAAGGCUUCUCCCUCUGUGGGCCUGCUCUUUGUUUAUCUGGACAGAGCACACUCAUUGCCUUACAAGAAAAGUGGAAAGGAACCCAAGGCUGGGGUUGAGCUAGUGUUUCGAAACACUGUUUACAAAACAAAGGUGUGUGAGCGCUCCAGAUCUCCUCAGUGGGAUGAGUCUUUCUACUUUUUGGUCGAUUACGCUCAGAAGGACAUGCUGAUCAUGAAGUUAACAAGCGCAUGGGACGAGGUAAUCGGAUCUCUGGUCAUUCCUGUCAGUGACCUGCUCUCCAAGCCACAGCUGGUUCUGGACCAGUGGAUACAUCUAGAUGGAGCUUUACCUGAAAGUGAGAUCCUGCUGAGGGCUGAACUUAAGAUCCUUAGCUCAAGGAUGACGGAAGCUCCACAGCCUUCUGAGACUAGUUCAUACAAGGAAGAGAUGUUCACCAGAACUGACGAGGCAUUCAAAGCAGCGAGGAAGGAGGAGGAAAAAAUGUCAGAGCUGCCAACACAUGACUCUGUUGCAGUAUCCCAUCAGUCUGAAGCAGCAGAGUCUCACCCUGCAGCAGCUGCUGAAUGGACUGCUCCUGCUGAACCUGCUGCAAUUCACAUUGCACCUGAAACAUUCCCGUCUGCUCCUGCUUUGGUGAAAGAAGCAGCCGAUGCAGAGGAGCCUCCCUCACACUCACACACAGCAAUUAGUGGAGACUUUAAACCACAGCCGAAACAAACAGAGGGCUUUGGUCUAGAUAACCUUGCUCAAACUACAGUGACUAGUCUUCCUGCUGAAACCCUGGAACCAGCGGAGCUCAAAGAAAUCUCUGCCGAAGUUCUUCCACCAUACACUGCGCCCCCACAGGACUUUGGUGAUGAGGGGGUGCUGAGGAUUCACCUGCUGGAGGCCCAAAACCUGGUGGCAAAGGACAACCUGAUGGGAGGCAUGGUGAAGGGCAAGAGUGACCCAUAUGUCAAAAUCUACAUAGGUGGGGUCACAUUUAAGAGUCAUGUUAUCAAGGAGAAUCUCAACCCAACAUGGAAUGAAAUGUAUGAGACAGUGUUGAGUAGCAACAGCAUUCAGGAGAUCAAGUUUGAAGCUUUCGAUAAGGAUAUAGAUUCUGAUGACUUCCUGGGCAGGUUCACUAUUAAGCUAAAUGAGGUCAUCAGAAUGCAGUACACAGAUCAGUGGUACACACUGAAGGACGUGAAGUCUGGUCGGAUUCACUUGGUAGUGGAAUGGGUUCCGACUGUGUCGAAUUCAGUCAGACUUGAAGAGGUGCUGCAGCUCCAGUCUCUCCAGUCUUAUCAAAACAAAGCGGUGGCUUUUGCUGCUCUGCUGUUUGUUCAUAUCGAGAGAGCACAUGCAUUGCCUUUGAAGAAGAGUGGGAAGGAACCCAAAGCAGGAGCUGAGCUUGUUCUGGGUGAAACUACACAUAAAACUAAACUGUGUGACCGCAGUACCAGUCCAGAGUGGAAUGAGUCGUUCUACUUCCUGGUCCGUGACCCUAAACACCAAAUGCUUGUAGUGAAGUUGUCAAGCGGCUGGGAUCAGCCAAUGGGAUCGCUCGUGGUUCCUGUGAAGAACCUUCUUACAGAGCCACAACUGGUCCUGGAUCAGUGGUUCCAUCUGGACGGAGCCUCGUCACAGAGUCAGAUCCUUCUGAGGGCUGAACUUAAGAUUCUGGAAUCAAAGAUGGUGGACAUGAUCAGCGCAGGGACUCUGCCCUGUGCUGCAUCUGGCUUUGGACAGGUGAAGUUGUCUCUGUCAUACGCCUCUCAGGAGAGAAAGCUCAUUGUUGUCGUCCAUGCUUGCAGAGGUCUUGCAUCUCAAGGUAAAGAUGGUGUAGACAGCUAUGUCUCCCUCAUGCUGCUGCCUGACAAAAGCAAAGCCACUAAGAGGAAGACAGGUGUGAAGAAGAGAGACCUUCAACCAGAAUACAACGAGAGGUUUGAGUAUGAUCUGCCUUGGGAGGAGGUGAGAUUCAGGCGCCUCAGUGUAUCAGUGAAAAACAACUCGGCCUCAUUCAGGAGCCGUGAUGUCAUUGGACAGGUGCAGAUUGAGUUGGCCCAAGUUGACCUGACUUCUGUUGUCACAGACUGGUUCACUCUGAAAGACGAGGCCGAGUAGUUGCUCUGCUUGCUGGUGAUGAUGAUGAUGAUGUCAUCACCCACCUCCUCACACUGAUGCCUUCUCCUAUUCACGUCUGCAUACAGUGCCUCUGUGGUAGCCCCACCUGCAUCCACCCAGCUCUUUGUGUAUGAACAUAUUAUAUAAAAGUGGAUUGCACAUUAUUUUCACACACUUCAGUACUCCCACCAAAGAUACAGUAAGUAGGCAGAAGUAGCUGAGCUGACAAGGAAAGAUACAGUUCAUGUUUGUAUUCACUGAAGGUUAAUUUACUUUAUGAAGAAAUAAUAUUUUGAAGAUUGAGUGGAGCAAAUGAAGCCUGAAGGAUUUUUUAUUUUUUGCUCUUUUACUCUGUUAUUGCUGAAAGAAUGUUAGAUGUAAGAGUGUUGAGUUAGGAUUUUUUAGACUACAGUGAUGAAUUAUCAUGACUGCUAAUGCCAUUUCAGUAUUUAAUGUCUGUUGUAUGACUGGCUUACAUUAUUGAGAUAUAUAUAUAUAUAUAUAUAUAUAUAUAUAUAUAUAUAUAUAUAUACACAUAUAUAUAUACGUCACAGUGCUUUGCUACAUUUGUGUUUGCAAUCGCUUUUGAAAAUAAUUUUAUAAGAUGUUCGCCUUCACAAGACACAUGUUUGUUGCACUUAUACGACACCGUUGUUUUUUGAGUUUAUGUAUAUUUGCAAAGAUGAUGCAUCAGAUGGUGAGAGAUGAAAAUAAAACUCAUUAUGCACAGCUCA